CAGUGACAGAUUCAUUUGAUAUAUCAUUUGACGAGUGUCUAUUAAAUCAUCCAAUUCAACAUGCAAUAUUUCACGGUUGUAAUCCUUGUUUCUAUCUGUGGUUCAGCUUUAUGUACACAGGCCGAAUGGGAUGAAAACAAAAAAUAUUGUUCUGAAAAACUUAACGUUAACCUUGAUGAAACAAGAGAUGCAGUUCGUGGAAGAACUAAGGAAGCCGAUGUGACUAAAGACAUCAAGUGUUACUUCUUGUGUAUGGGUGAAAGACAAAAAAUAAUUAAAGAUGGCGUUUUCCAGCCACAAGUUUUCAAAGAAAUUCUAUCAGCUGUUGAUGAUAAGGUUUUGCUAACGAAAGCAACAGAAGAAUGUAGUAAAAAGGGCACAGAUGAUUGUGACACUGGUUUCAAGGUAGCAACUUGCAUUUCAAGAAAUGAUUUAAGGAAAUAUAUGUAAAAUUUAUUGUA